AUGUCGGGAUUCAAAAGAAUGCAGAGCCGGGUUUUUUGGACCCAAAUGGCGAACCACGACCUGGACAACGCGCCUCUGAUCCUUAACAGCAGCCCCGAGAGUGAAGCUAACGGAAGAAAUGCCUCCUACUGCAAUUUAGGGCGUGAUACCGACACAGAUACUGAUAAAGUCAGUGAAAACAGCUUUAAAUUCGAUGAAACUCGUAAUGUUGACAGUAAUUGUAACAUUACCGCUGUAAUUGUUGACAAAAAUCCUUCCGAAGAGAACAACAAUGAAGUGGUAGAGUUAGAAAAUCAGCAGUUAGCUAGAGUUUUGAGUCCCGACCACGGAAGUUUGGAUUCUGGAUUCUCAGACUCGGAAAAUUCAGAUGGAAAAUUGAAUGUUAAUACCAGCCGAAGACGGAGAAGAACGAAGAAGAAAGGCGAGAGGAAAAUUGUUAAUAAAAACUUGUUCUGGAUGAAACCGACGCAUACUUCUACGCCUAAGUCAGAGGCUUUUGAACUACGGAAUUUGGAGCAAUGCAAGAGGAAUCUCACCUACACCAAGGACUCCAAGGAUUCUGAGGAGUUUGGUGACUCAACUGAUGACGCUAGAAUGGCGCCUAAAUUCUUAGAAUCCGAGGAAUGCCUGGGUGAUUUUCUCUACGAAGUGGAACCUCCUGAAGAUGAGGGAAGUUCAGCGUCCAGAGACUCGACCCCGUCGUUCAACGGGCCCUGGUACACGAGAAUGUCCAACGAGUCUUCAAAAUCCGAGACGGAGAAUACGAAAAAUCCUUGGAAGUUUAUCGCAAAGUCCAGCAGCGCCUCGGUCCAGGUCUGGCUUCAAGAUUUGGUCCAGGAUCCCGACGACGACGACGACGACGAGUGCUUCACGACCCUCCAGAGCAAGGCCUUGCCCAGGAGGAACAUUUACACUGAAGAUGCGCAGACCAGGGAUCUGAAGCUUUUGACGACUUCCGCGACUUCUGCGGCAACAGAGCUUUUGAUUAGGGCUGAAGGAUUCACGAGACACAUCCAGGAGGUCACCAGGAAAAUUGGACGUGGAGAUUCACGGGAUGAGCGCGACUGGCUUCGCGGAAUUGAGGAGGAAGCUUUCUCGAUACUCUCAGAACUGGGGGCUCCUCCUCCAAGGAGGAUCCAUGAUGGCAGUGCUAGGAGCAUCCUGAACCAACUGGAGGCCCUAAAGAACAUGGUAAAUCAUAAUUUGGACACGCGGUUGGAUUUUUACAUCGAGCGCGUGGUCCGUGGCUUAGAAGAAGCCCCCCGAGAGUCAGGAUCAGCAGCCCGAGGAGCACUAGCCGCUUUAACAGCUUUAGGCCUGGCAGGUUCCCGAGCAGGAGCCUCAAUUGCGCGUUGUUCCGGGGUCCGAGCGCUGCUAACUUCAUUAAUUUCCGCCAGUAGGCUAUCUUCAGAGCUCCGAGCGUCGAGUCUUCGGGCCUUGGCAAGUGUCUGCUGCUGCCCUCUAGCGAUUGAGCACUUUAUCAAAGAAGGAGGCCCGGAAAUCCUCGUGGACUUGUUAACCUCAUUGUCAACCCCUGAGCGGGAGAAAAUUGAAGCUACGGCGCUGAUUGUCCAAGUAACAGCACCCUGGACCGACGCUUUGGGGUUAAAGUACUUCGAACCGUUCAGUUCCGAGCUUACUUUAACGAUAAUUGAGCUUGCAGCGUCCAGCGCUUGUGCCCAAACUCUGCUCCUCUGUGCGGCCGCAAUGAACAACCUCAGCAACUCUAAAAAAUUCGUGGCUGCCAUCUUGGAACACGAGGGCGUUAGGAGGAUUCUCAAGUGUGUGAAGAAAAAAGCGCCGUCUAUCUGGCUGAUGGAACAAGUCGCCAUGUUGAUUGAUAAACUCGCCAGGCAUCAAAUUGCCAGAAAACAUUUAGCCAAAGCUAAAGCUUCAGUUGCUUUAGUUUGUUUCCUUCGCAUGGCGCCACCUGGAUUGGAACACGCGUACCAAAGGCUCGCGAGCACAGCGGCCUCUGCUUUAACCCGAUUGUGCGUUGAUCUGGAAAUUGCCAAGCAAGUUGUCGCUGUAGGAGGCCACCAUUGCUUACCUGAGGGUUUUUUAACUGCUGGACAAGAUGGCGGACAGAAUCAAAAUGGCGGGUUCGUCAGGUGGACCAACAGCUUGAGGCUCGCGGGAAAAAUGGCGAAAAAGUGCAUCGAUGAGGCUAAAGCUUGUGAUUAUUCUGUUGAAUAA